AUAUUUAAUUAGGAGUCUUGAAUUCUUUUUCAUUUAGGUUUAGUAGAGGAACAAAUGAACUUUUUUUAAGGAGGAGCGGGUCGAACUUUUAAAAAAGUCAUUGACUACACUCAUAGCAGAAAAAAGUCGACGUGAAGCUGCGUUUCAGGCGGAUAAGAAGGCUCUUUUGGCUGAAAAUGAUUCGCUUCGGGAAAAGUUACAGAAAACAGCUGUUGAAACAGAAGCUCAAGCGGAGGAGCUUGAGCAACGUAUUACGGUAUGUUCUUCUUUGGCUUGGGAAUGGCUUACUUAUCUCAAUAAUGCUCUUUUUGUUCAUUCGAAGUGUCAUGGAUUUAUAUUCUCACAGAGUAUGAGUGCGAAAAUGAAACGUAUAGAAGAAGAUCGGGAAAGAGAAUUGACUGAUCAUGGCUCUGUUCUUGCAGAAAUGCAACAGAGGUAUGCUAAAGAACGUGCGAAUGCAGCGCAGAUGGAAAGACAGAUAGCCGAACUUUACAAAAAAUUGCACGAAAAGGAAACAAAUUCGUCUUUUAACGAGGAGAAGUACGCUUCUUUAGUAGCGGAAAUGAACGCUGUGAAGGACGAGAAGGAAAAGUGGCGUUCAAAAGCAGAGAAAACACUUACAGUUCAGAUGUUAGAAAGUGAAUUGGAGAAUUUGAAAGUACAGUUUAAAUUUAUUUUUUAUUUUUUAACUCACGUUAUUAACGGAAAUCUUCAUAUAGCAGAACUGCACUGA